AUGACACUUGUUUAUCGUCAAUUAAAUUCAAAUCAUUUUGAACAUUCAUCAUAUACGGAUGAUCAACAUGUAUUUGUUUUACGUGAUAAUAAUAGACAUCGUGUAUAUGAUUAUUCAAAUGAAUAUCUUGAUAAAUAUCAAAUAUCACUUGAUUUAUAUAAACAACCAAAUAUAACUAUGGAAAUAUUAUAUUGUCCAUUGGAUUGUCAUUGA